UGCUGAUACAUUCAGGGAAAGGAGGAAGACAAAUCUUCUCUACAAAUCUAUAGAGUAUGUACUUUCUUCGCCAAAGCCGAUGCCGAAUUCUCCAUCAGCAAGGGACUCAACUGCCUUCGCCUACCGUUCUACAAGGUAUCACCACUUUAAAGAUGACAUGAACUCUAAAACAUUAAAAGAGAAGGAAUUCAAGCAUAUGCAUCAGGGAGUCGGCCUCUGCGCCAAGCACAAAACCUAUACUAUCCAUGCCGUACUCGGACAACACUCACCAAUCACGCAGCAUUCUGGGGUCACAGGGUCCAUCACGACCGCGCUAUCUGGGCAUGGGAGCAGAUAUCUGCUUGCUACCUUGGGCCGCUGGAUAUACCCAAUCAACGAGCAGUGCGGUUCCGAACACUGGCUGCUUCUCGCUUUCUACGAUGGGACUGAGCCGGCUAUCCGUGGAAUCGUCACACACUAUUAUAUUUUUGGCCUGCAUGGCAACACGUCCGCGAUGGAGUAGAGGUACUUUGACAAAGCCCCUUGUCUGCUCUAAGCCUACGCAACUCAGUGCAGAAGAUGCUAGCUAUUAGCAUGCUUUCAUUGAAGCAAGCCGCCAAUACGUAGCUAAAAUAAAACGCCCAGGAAUCGCCGUAGAAACUUCCCGCUGUCAUUUGAAGCGCAAAGUUUCCCAAGAACCGAAGAAGCAAAUUUCUAAGAGCAUACGUAAUCUAACUAUCAAGGAAUUCGUCUCAAGCAUCGAAG